CUGAGCCCGGCGUUGACGGCCACCACUGCUCUCCACCGCUCAGCACACUUUGCCGUUUUUGUUUUUGAGUGGUUGCUGCAAGAAAAAGACUCGGUUUGAUUUUGCAAACCCAGUCCACGUCCACGCACGUCUUUGAAAACAAUCACUGUCUUACCUUCCAAAGCUUCUUUGCAAACAUGUCUGGAGAAGACGCACCUGUUCAGCAGCAGAACGCCGUGGAUCAGAAGCAGGACUCCAAGCCCACCGAGGAGCCCAAGACCGAGUCGGAGCCCGCGGCCGCCGGGGCUACCGACGCGUCGGCGGCUGCAGCGGACGCAGCUCCCCCGGCGUCGGCGACCACCGAGAAGGUCCCGGAGGAAGAGGCGUUCACGUACCGCGCCCUGGUGCUCACCGGCUACGGCGGCUACGACAAAGUCAAGCUGCAAGUGAAGAAGGGCAAGCCGUCCCUGAAGGCGGCCGAGGUCCAGGUGCGAGUCAAGGCGUGCGGGCUCAACUUCGCCGACCUGAUGGCGCGCCAGGGGCUUUACGACCGGCUGCCGUCCCCGCCGGUCAGCCCGGGCAUGGAGUGCUCCGGGUUGGUGGAGGCUGUCGGGGAGGAGGUGACGGACAGAAAGGUGGGCGACAAGGUGAUGGUGCUGAGUCGCUUCGGCCUGUGGCAGGAUGUGGUGGCGGUGCCGGCCAACCACACCUUCCUCAUGCCGGAGGGCAUGAGCUUUGAGGAGGCCGCCGCCCUGCCGGUCAACUACAUCACCGCUUACAUGAUGCUGUUUGACUUCGGUCACCUGCGACCCAACCAGAGCGUCCUCAUCCACUCGGCUGCAGGUGGCGUGGGCACAGCGGCUACGCAACUGUGCAAGACGGUGAAGGACGUCACCGUGUUCGGCACGGCAUCGGCCAGCAAGCAUGAGGCCAUCGGCCAAGCCGGCGUCACGCAUCCUAUUGACUACCGCACCAAGGACUACGUCGAGGAAGUCCGCAAGAUCACUCCUAAAGGACUGGACAUUGUACUGGACCCUCUUGGAGGAUCGGACACCCACAAGGCCUACAACCUGCUGAAACCAAUGGGCAAACUCAUAACCUAUGGUGCCGCUAACAUGCUGGCGGGCCAGAAGAAGAAUUUGCUGGCCGUGGCCAAGAAUUGGUACCACCAGUUCUCCAUCCACACGCUCAGCCUGAUCCAGAGCAACAAGUCGGUGUGCGGCUUCCACCUGGGCUACCUGGACAGUGAGACAGAGCUGAUCACCCAGGCCAUGAACGCCAUCCUGGACCUCUACAAGGAGGGCAAGGUCAAGCCCCGCAUUGAUUCCACCUGGCACCUGGAACAGGUAGGCGACGCCAUGCGCAAGAUGCAGGAAAGGAACAACAUUGGCAAGGUGGUCCUAACCACAGAGCCCAUGCCUGAAGAGGAGAAGAAGGAGGAGGCGCCGGCGGACAAGAAGAAGGAUGACAAGAAGAAGGACGACAAGAAGAAAGAUGACAAGAAGAAGGACGACGGCAAGAAAGAGGAGAAGAAGGAUGACAAGAAGAAGGAAGAGCCCAAGAAGGAGGAGGAGGAGAAGAAGGAGGAGGCCAAGAAGGAGGACAAGUGAAGGGGGAUGGAGAUUGAUAGGUUGGAGCUGGUGGUGGGAGUGGGUUGGGAGGAUGGCGAUUACACCACCUCCUCCAAUGAUUACUCCUUCCUGACCAAUAAAUAAUAAAAAAAAAAAAAAUCACCUCUUCGCGUAGUGAUUUUUUUUUUUUUCUGCCCCCCCCCCCCCGGUGAAUCGGCCAUCUCCCCCUGCCCUCUCCCCACCAUAGCCACCACUUCCCACUGUGCUAAAUUGUUGUUACCUGCUCCCCCCCGUUUUACUGUCAUCAACCUCGCCCACAGACAGGCACAAAGACGACCAAGACGAACCACAACCACCCUCCCUCCCGUUAUGUCACUCAGAGGAGUCGGCGAGGCCUGUGAUUGGCCGACGGUCAGACAGCAUCAACAGGUAUCCUCUGCUAAUUAGAAAGAGCUUCACAGUUAAUAAUAGUCCCCACAUAAAGAGCCUCUCUGUGUGUAAGAUGAAUCAGGGAGUGGGAAGAAGAGGGGCACGGGGGUCUUUUUUUUUUUUCAACUGGUGAUGGCCACAAUCUGAAAGAAGCACUGUCACGCCGAGGCCUCCCUCUCGCUCCAUUUUAGCAAGGCCUGUCCGUAACCUCAAUUCUAACCAAAAGGGUGGGGGUUCUAGUACAAGCCUCCAACCCCCUCUCCUCCCCGUUCCCUCACCGCAGUCGGCAUAGCAACAGGCGUCAGGCUUGUCAAGAGAUGCCACUCCCCCCCACCACGUAUCCCUUCCAUGUGUGCCAACAAUGUACCCCCCUCACCCCCAAAUUCCUCUUUUCUCCUUCAAGUAUUUUAGGGGAUGACACUGAAAAGACGUGGGGCCUUCCUCAAAAAAAAAAAAAAAACAUCUCAGAAUAAAGCCUUACUAGUAUUGACAAGUGACUGGGCGGAAGUUGUGGGUAAAUAAAGUGCACGGCGCCGCCUAGUGGUCGUAAUGAAAAUUUUCCUUACGAGCUCUGUGUCAUAUGGACGUGGGUAUUUUUAAAAAGAACGUUUUAAAACUUUGUUUUUUGACCUUACGACUAUUAAAAACAAUUUAUGAAAAUCGCAUAAACAUAAGGACGCUUUGCAGGAUGUCACAAGCUGAUUUCAUGAGUGCAUUCACGCUAUAGAAAUCACUUCCAUCACUUAAAUUUUGAACGUAGUCAAAAUCAUGAAAUUGGACAAACAUUUUUGAGAGGGUCUCGAUGUCACUUAGUACUGCCCCUGGAAAGUUAGAAAAAAAAAUGAGCCACCGACACCAGAUUCACUGACGGACACAAAUUUUGGUGGGCCCUUGCGCAAUGAUUUUUUUUCGAGUUACUAGAUCGCCUUUUGAGAGUUUUAAUCAACUCAGAAACUCACCAAAUUCUGCAAAAAAAUUUGUUUUAGGGGUCCCAAACACGACCCCCCCCCACCAAAAGUCACUUUGUACCGCUGCCUGGAAAGUUACAAAAAUAUGAGUUAGCUAGUUAUUAGUUCUACUGGUUGACACAAAAUUGGGUGGAUACGUCUAUCAUACCAGAAUGCAGAAAAAAUCUACAAGAGCCAUGCCCGAAAUUGAACAGGAAGUUGGCCAUCUUGGUUUGAAGUAGCCAUUUUGGGUGAAUUCCAAGGAACUCGUACUUUGAUGAACGACUAGGGAAUUAGUUCAAAUGAACCUCAAUUGGAAGAAGGUAUCCUAGACAAAUGGGCGACGCUAAAUUGUGAAGCUUUUUCUCGGUCUAAUGUGGGUGGAACGUUGCGCCAAAGUUUGAUGAUCAUUUGAGGAUUCACCACGAAAACGGGCGAAUGUGGGCCUGGUCAUACAAUUUGUUAACCUUACAUUAGGGCAUUUGAUUACAUUCCCCUGAUGGAUUAUGGGGAGGGCUAAUGAUCAAUGAAUCGAUUGUUAUGAGAUGGUUGGAUUUGCCCCCCCCGAAUGUUAUGAACUUCUGAUUCCAUGCCAGUGUCAUUGUCUUACUGAGUGGGCGGAUGUAACGCAACUUCCCAGAGUUGAUGUAAUUAAUUAUUAGCGUCUUUUCAAGACGCGCUAAUAAUGAAUUUCACGCAAUCCACUUAAUUAUUAUCUUCCUUUUAUUCAUUGUUAUUUUAGUGCCUUUUUCUGGCUACAACUGGCAGUUUUUUUAGUUUUUUAAAAAAUACCCAAAUAUGUAACUCUUGUCGUCCGUCUGCCUGCCUGUCUGUAAGCGUGGGCCCCCCCCCCCCCCCCCGCCCCAGAUGGCGACUGGUGAAUUUGUUUAUAAAUGUAUAAAAAAAUGUAUUAGAUUUUUGUGUGUGUGUGUGUGUUAAGCAUGAGUGGCCUCCCUCAUGUGUUGUGUGCCAUUUUGUGUGUGAACGUGUGUGCGCGCGCGCGUCCAUCCGUCCUCAGGUCUUCUGUACCCAACCUAACCAAGCCCACCACCACCUCCCCCAUCCCUUUCUUCUAGGCCUGAGUUAGGAGGACAAAGUGGUUUUUUGUAUGUUUUGCACUGCUAGCUGAUCCUAAUGCACUUACAAGCAAGGUGCUCGCACCCCAGCCCCAUCCAGUCGUCAGAUUACCUGUGGCGCCCCCUAGUGGGCUGGAGUGUGAGCAGAGCGUGGACCCGUACGUCCUGUCUGCUCUGGUUCUGAUAAUGAUUAUUGUUAUUAUUCGUGUUCUGUUCUAAUCUGCUGGGCUCUCUUUGUGAACCUGUGCAUGGUGCUUCUGUUCUGAGUGCCAUGUUUGAUGAAACAAACGCUCCCCCCACAAAAAAAUACAAAAAAACGAAAACACGCCCACCCCCCCAAAAAAAAAAGUCAUAUGGUAUUUUGUUUUAUGUUUCUUUGGAGUGUCGGGGACCCUUUUUAUUCCUAAGCUGUCUUAUUUUGUGUCUGAACCACGUGUGCCAAAUGACAAUGUAUAUUCCUCUUGUCAAUGCUUUCAAUAUUUACAGUGCAAACAAAAAAUAUAUAUACAUACAGUAUGAAAUGGGGUUUUGGAUGCAUUUUCAUCAUCCUCAGAAGACGAAAUUCACAGUGCGUCUCACAAAUAUCCCAAAUAUGUGCACCGAGAGAGGGUUGUUGUUUUUUUUAUCUUAAUUUUCUCACUUUUGAUUGUUGGUUCGUCGCUCAAGCUCGUAGGCCCCCACUGUGCCUCCUCAUCCUCCUCCUUCUGUUGCACACAGCUUACCUCAGUCCGCCACUUAACUAAGACAGCAAAAUCCUUUUCACUGUGCUCUACCAGCUCCCGUACGUGGUGCGCCGUGACCCAUCCACGUGUUUACAACCACGUCACAGUGAGAAGGAGCUGGACGAGGUCCGAUUUUACAUUUCAACGCCAAGCGGACCUGAUGCGGAUGUUACUUUCCUGCUUUCUUUUUUAACUGCAUGAGCUCAUGCGGCGAGUGAGCGAACAGAUGUUGCUUCGGGCCCAGUAGGCUCCGGUUACGCGGGUCCGAACCAGACGCGACAGCCUUAAGUCUGAUCCCGGUUCAACCCAAAAAAAAAAAGCUAACAUCUGGAAAGGCAAACUUGAAGCAUCCAUCUGUCGAUGUACAAUAUUGUGCUAAAAUGUCUUAAGCCGCCCUUACGUCAUGUAUUAUUAGCCCAUAUCCUCUGUUCACUAGUAUAGGAGUAGAACAGUGGUUCUCAAACUUUCUAAACUAAUUAGCGGCUACAAAUAUAAGCUCUCCAAGUACCACCAUAAUGACGUAACACUUUGGCCUACUAGGCUAGGCUACUGUAUUUUAACAAUAGACCAGCAGGCAUAAGUCUUCAUCAAAAACAAGGCAGAAGUUGCAUUAUAUUAUAGUUACUCCCCGCAGGCAGGUCCAACAAAAAUAAUAUCAAGGGGCUGACGAGAUUGUUUGCGCACUCUUGCUCAUUCAUCAAUUAUUUUUGAGAGACCCUGAAACCUUCAUGUGUGGCGUUAGGAAUGUUAACAGUUAGCCACCUAGCAUGGCGAGUGGAGACAUAAGGCAUUUGAACAUCAUUGUAUGUGACGUAUCGCUGAGGUAAACUGCUUGUUAGCGGAUCCGCUCACCACUUCCCGACAUCUCUGCGACGUAUUUAAAUGGUUUCGCAGUGUUUCCAGACACUUAUGCAACAAGAGGAAACUUUCCGAGCAAACACUGCGGUUCUGGAUUGGAUGUCACAUGCUCCUUUUCUAAGUGUGUGUGGCGAGGAAAGGGGGGACCAAAAAAAAAAUAAAUGCACUGAGACGACAAGCGUCUGAUCACAUUCCUUGUCUUUUUUUUUUUUUGGUGUCUGGAGCAGAUGCCGGCCUUCUUUUAAUGUGGUUUCUCAGGUCCCACCAACAGUUUUUGCUCGAUUCAUAGCACAAUUUGUCAUCUAUGCGUCCCGUCUGUGGAAGCGUUCCCAAAUUCCAUGUCCCGUUUCCACUCACGCCUGCCAACCAAGCAGCGAGGCGGCCUCAAUUCAAGUCAUUGGCUGAUCAUGUACAGUAGCAGGAUGCAUGUUUAGUUGGAAUUUUGUAUUUUAAAAAAAGUAACAGUGUGUGUAUGUUUUGUAUGUACAGCUUAGUUUAGUGCCGAUGUGGUAGUGUGGUGUGAGGAAGAAUGCCCGCUCAGUCACGUGUCAAAUUGCCAAAUGAAGCCUCCAGCAUGGGCAGCCACCUAACUCGGGGAAUGUGCUGCCACUCGUCCCCGUCCCAAAACACUCACCAUUGCCCCCCCCCCCCCCCCCCCCCAGUCCUCCACAGGGUUCCCUGAAACGUGAUUUUCGUGCAGCUUUGUGUAGCUUUGUUUGCCCCUCCCCCCCCCAAAAAAAACGAUGUCGCUCAACAAAACUACUUUCUUGUAUUAUUAUUUUUUUUUUAAACCCUUUUUGAAUUGAUGCUGCUUCUUUCUGUGCUCGACUCUGGGUGGGCUCCGCAUGGGCCUCUACAGCUCAACGUAAUGCUUCAGUGUGUAAUGUUACCAAAUGCCUUACAUGUUUUCCAGGACUAAUAAAAACAAGCAUAACAAGAAA